AUGUCUAAUCAUAGUAAUCGUAUUGAAUAUAUUGGCAAUACACCUUCAUCAGAUAUUCCAAUAUUAACAUUAAUCAUUUGUUCAACUAUAUUAAAUACAAUAUUUUAUAAAAUUCUUCCAUCAUCAUUAUCAGCAUUAAUUAAAAGUUAUAUUGUAUCAACAAUUCAUUCAUUUAUUAGUGUUAUAAGUGUAUUAAAUUAUUUAAUAAAAUAUGAAAUAAAUUUAAAACAAAUAAAUCGAAUAGUUGGUGGAGGAAUAUAUGGUAGUGGAGAUGAAAUAAUGGUAUACAGUGUUUGCUAUUCAACGGGUUAUUUAAUAUAUGAUUUAAUUCUUAUGCUAAUAGAUAAAUCAGUUCGAACAAAUUCUUCAAUAGUUCAUCAUAUUAUUAUUCUAAUGUCAUUUUUAACAGGGUUGUUUUAUCGUGUUUGUCAUCCAUGUCAUUUUUAUUUUCUAGCUGAAGAAUUAUCAACUAUUCCAUUAAAUUUAAAAACACUUUAUCGUCAUCGACCUCGCUUACAUCAUUUUUUUUCAUUAUUAUUUGCUAUUUGUUUUUUUCUAAGUCGUCUUAUGUAUGGGUCAAUAAUAUGUUUUUAUGCAUUUCGAGCUAUUCCAUACUUUCUUCUUAUGGCCUGGAAUUCUAAUGAUAUAACAAGUUUUACAAUUGAAUUAAGAUUGACUGGUACGAAAUUAGGCUGUGGUGAAGGUGGUUGUGGAGCUUGUACAGUUUUAAUUUCACGAUGUAUUGAUCGAGAUUCUGGUGAAAUUGAACAUCGCACAAUAAAUGCUUGUUUGGCACCUGUAUGUUCGAUUGAUGGGUGCCAUAUUGUAACUGUCGAAGGGUUAGGUUCAACUAACAAAGCAAAUCUUCAUGUUACUCAAAGUCGUCUUGCAGAAUUAUUUGCUUCACAAUGUGGUUUUUGUACACCAGGUAUGGUUAUGUCUUUAUAUGGAAUAGUUACAUCAAAAAAUGACUCAUUACCAACAAUGAAAGAUAUUGAAGAAUCUUUUGAUGGAAAUCUUUGUCGAUGUACUGGAUAUCGUCCAAUCCUUGAUGCUGCAAAAACAUUUGCAUGUGAUAUUCAAAAACUUGAUUAUCAAAAAUCCUCAUCACCAACAACAUCAACUACAUUUGAUAAAUUUUUGUCAUAUGCUCAUCAAAAUACGUCACCUAUUAAUCAAGUAGAAUUUCCCAACAAACUUCGAGAUUAUGUUCCUCAAUCAAUUCAUAUUAAAGGUUCUUCAUUUGAAUGGUAUCGGCCAAUAUCAUUGAAUGAACUUAUUCUUCUUCGUCAUACUUAUCCAGGUCACCAAUCAACACUUGUUUUUGGCAAUACAAGAGUUGAAUUUGAAAGAAGAUAUAAUAAAAUGAAUAAUUCUCGUUUGAUAUCAAUAACAUAUAUUAAAGAAUUGCAAGAAUUAAAACGAACGAAGGAUUCAUUGUAUAUUGGAGCUGGUGUUACAUUUUCACAUUUAAAAUCAAAAUUAAUGCAGUGGAAAGAUGAAGAUAGUUUUUGUCAAGCUCUAUUAGAUCAAAUGAAACAUUUUGCAUCAACACAAAUACGUAAUGUUGCAUCAAUUGGUGGAAAUAUAAUCACUGCUGCACCUGAUUCAGAUAUCAAUCCCAUAUUAGAAGCUGCAGGUGCUAUACUUGAACUGCAUCGUGCUGAUAAUGAAAAAGUACGUCAAACUAAUUUACGUGACUUUUUUCUCGGUAAUCGUCGUGUAUCAAUUGCAAACAAUGAAAUUCUUGUUGCAAUUCAUAUUCCUCUUAAAAAUUCAUCAAAUAAAUAUUUUCUUCGAUCGUAUAAACAAGCUCGUCGUCGAGAUGAUUCAAAAGGAAUUGUUAGUGCAGCAUUUAACGUUGAACUUGAGAAAAUCGAUUCUAUUGAUAACCAAUGGAAAAUUGUUGCAGCUUGUUUUUCAUUUGGUGGAAUGGCAUCAAAAACUAUUUCAGCAAUAAAUACUCAACAACAAUUAAUUGGAUUACCAUGGACAAAACAAACAAUUAAUCAAGCAUAUGAAUUGCUUAUUAAAGAAAUGUCACUCGAUAAAUUAAGUUCACGUGGUCAAUAUCAAUAUAGACAAACAUUAGUGCAAUCAUUUCUAUUUAAAUUUUAUUCAUAUGUAUCUACCGAAUUACGUCAAUCAUCGAUCGAUUCAAUUGAUAGUUAUUAUCAUCGAGAAGUAUCUCAUGGUCAACAGACAAUACCUGAACGACCUGUAACACAAAAAAUCGUUGGUAGUUCAUUAUCACAUCAAUCAGCUUAUUUACACACAACGGGAGAAGCUAUAUAUAUAGAUGAUAUGCCAUCUCAUGUCAAUACACUUUAUGCUGCACUUGUACUUAGUACACAAGCAAAUGCACGAAUAAAACAUAUUGAUAUUGAAAAUGCUUCACAAGUGGCCGGAUUUGUAUCAUUUGUUAAUUAUACUGAUGUACAAGGCUCGAAUAAUUUAGCUAAUUUUUUAUCUAAUGAAGAAAUAUUCGUAUCAUCAAUUGCACCUUGUGUUGGUGCUGUAAUUGGUCUUGUUGUUUGUGAAUCUGAACAUGCAGCUAAAUUAGCUUCAACUCUUGUUAAAGUUGAGUAUGAUUCAUUAUUACCAAGGAUUUUCUCUAUUGAUGAUGCUAUUAUUCAUCAAUCUUAUUUUAAUGAGGAAAUUUCUGCUGGAAAAGGAGAUGUUGACUCAGUUUUUCUUAAAGCUGAACAUAUUUUAGAAGAUACAGUAUACAUUGGUGGUCAAGAACAUUUUUAUUUGGAACCAAAUUCUUUUAUGGUUAUACCAUCAAAUGAUGAUAAAGAAAUAAAUUUAUAUUUUGGAACACAAGAUCCGAGUACUGCUCAAGAAUCAGCAGCAUUUGUACUUGGUCGAAACGUUAAUCAUAUAACAUGUCAUGUCAAAAGAAUCGGUGGUGCAUUUGGUGGAAAAGCAACAAGACCUUUACCUCUAUGCCUUGCCACAGCAGUAGCAGCGGUUAAACUUGGAUGUCCUGUUCGUCUCAAUCUUGACCGUUCUACUGAUAUAUCAAUAACUGGACAUCGACAUCCAUUUAAAAUUAAAUAUAAAGUAGCAUUCAAUAACGAAGGUCGCUUUUUAGGACUUGAUAUUCAAAUGUGGAGUAAUGCUGGUUGUACACUGGAUUCCUCAAAAUAUGUUAUGGAACAUUCUAUGUUUCAUCUAGGAAAUUCAUAUGAAUUUCCUAAUCUUCGAAUUCGUGGUCGCGUUUGUAAAACACAUUUACCAUCAAAUACAGCUUUUCGUGGUUUUGGUGGACCACAAGCUAUGUUAGCUUGUGAAACAAUCGUAGAACAUGUUGCUGCAUAUUUGAAGUGUGAUCCGUUCGAUAUUCGUCGUAUUAAUUUAUUCAAAGAAGGUGAUACAACUCAUUAUGGACAAGUUUUAGAACAAUGGAAUGUCCCGCGUAUUUUGGAUGAACUUAACAAAUCAAGUGAUUUUAUUCAAAGACAAAAUAAUGUUGAAGAAUUUAAUCAGAAAAAUAUGUAUCGCAAACGUGGUAUAAGUAUGAUGCCCGUCAAAUUUGGAAUUGGUGCUCCAAAUGAAUUUUAUGAUCAGGCAGGAGCUCUUGUACAUGUUUAUAAAGAUGGUUCAGUAGUAAUUAGCCACGGCGGUGUGGAAAUGGGUCAAGGACUCAAUACAAAAAUGAUAGCAAUUGCUGCUGAAAUAUUAUCCUGUGGUGUUGAUCGGAUACGAAUUAGUGAAACAGCAACAGAUAAAGUUCACAAUGCGACUGUAACUGGUGGAUCAGUGUCCUCGGAUCGUAAUGGAAUGGCUGUAAAACAUGCAUGUGAACAAAUUCGUCAACGAUUAGAUUCACUCAUCGUUGAUAAGAAUGUUAAUAUUUCAUGGAAAGACCUUGUAAAACAAGCUUAUUUUGCUCGCCUCGAUUUAUGCGCACGUGGAUUCCAUCCAAUACUAAAUCUGUUUGAUGCUAAUUUUACAAAAAAUCAAACCAAGUACAGUUAUUUUACACAAGGUGCCGCAGUGACCGAAGUUGAAUUAGAUGUGUUAACAGGAGAUUGGCAUAUUUUACGUGUUGAUAUUCUUAUGGAUGUUGGUAUAUCGCUCAAUCCUCAUAUUGAUAUUGGUCAAAUCGAAGGUGGUUUUAUGCAAGGAAUAGGCUUGUUUACCAUGGAAGAACUCAUCUGGGGUGAUGAGAAACUGUACAAAUGGAUUCCACCAGGAAAAUUAUUUACUUGUGGAGUAGAUACAUAUAAAAUUCCAUCAUUUAGCGACGUUCCAAUCGAUUUUCGUGUGUCACUAUUAUCUGAUUCGUUAAAUCCACGAGCUGUCUAUUCGUCCAAAGGUAUUGGUGAACCACCAGUUCUAUUGGCUGCUUCGGCGUUUUUUGCCUUGAAGCAUGCAUGCCAAACCUAUCGAGAACAGCAAGGUUUAUCUGGCUACUUUACACUUCAUUCACCAGCAACAGUCGAACGACUUCGAAUGGCUUGUGCUGAUGAAUUUACUUAUCGUGUUUGUCUCAAUGAACAUGAAGCAUUACCGCCACGAGGCUCAUAUUAA